CGACCUUGUAAGCAAAUCAAAGUCUCACAAUACAACAGAGUCAAAACAGCCAAGAUUUCUAUCACGGACCACCUAGGACAAACUACUCAAAUCCCAGUUAAAAAGACAAUAAAAUACCUAGGAGUGACACUGGAUCACCUACUACACUUGACCAAACACCAUAAAUCUCAACUGGAAAAAGCCAGAAACUCCAUUAAAAGCAACGCCAGAAUUUUCUACAACAGGAACCUCUCUGUUAAAGCGAAGCUGAUCUGUUACCAACUUUUAAUCAGACCACUGCUCACUUUCGCAGCCCCGAUGCUCUGGAAUAUGGGACCAUCCAUAAUGGAGAAAUUACGAAGACUGGAACGCUCAGCUCUUCGUUCCUGUGUGCGUCAUUUUAGAAAAGCUGAAACUGGAUAUAAAGAAUACAUCAGUAAUAUCAAAAUAUAUAAUCUGGCCAACAUAACUCGGAUUGAUUGUUUUUACCUCAAACUAUGUAGAAACUACUUUGACACAUAUAAUAAUAUUGGAAAUCCAAUCAUGCAAAGUCUAUUGUGCCCAGAUGACAAUACCUGCGAAGCACACUGCUUAACGGGCUAUGUGCUGCCAGAAAUGUUCACCUAUUGCGACCGCAUGGGCCUACUGCAAAAUGAAUUCAAUCUCCCAAUUCUAUACCAUGACAACCGGCAUUGCGCAAAUAAGAAAAUCAAAAUCGAUUAUAAUUCAUACACGAAUAUUACUUUUUCCACGGUGCUGCCACAAGUGGAUAUUAAUGACAAGAUGAGGCUAGCCAAAGAAUAUUAG